GUUGGCCAGGCUGAUCUCAAACUCCUGGCCUCAAGUGAUCCACUCUCCUAGGCCUCCCAAAGUACUGGGAUUACAGGAGUGAGCCACCGCACCUGACCUUUUUAUUUGUAUUUGAAAGUAGACUAAGUGGAUAUUUUAAUGCCAGAAUUUCCAAAAGUAUGUAGCACAGGUUGUUACAACAAAAUGACAGCACUUAGGAAUAAUUGCUAAUUUUAAGUAUGUUUUUUAUAAGUAAAAUAACCCAUUAUUUGGUAUAAAGAUUUCACACUGAUAAAAUUUUUGAGUUAUUAGGCAAAAAUAGAGAGUAUUGAGAAAAGAGACCCUAUUUUGUUUAAUUUGAAAAUCUUAACAUUUAAAAAUCACACUGGGGUUGUUCAGGUGGUGGGACUUUUUCUUCAUUUAAGUGGAGACUACCCAGUCUUUAUGUUAACGGUUGAUAAAUCAUCCUUUCAGUAUCAUUAUCAUUAGGCCAAUGUGUGCAGGCCUCUCACUGCAGAGAAUGACUACCUUUUUCUGGCGUCUAAUUCUAUGCGUGGGAAUACAUUUUCUAUUAAUGUGAGCUCACUCAAUUUUAUCUGGAAGCAUCCAUAUUCCUAAUGGAAUUGGAGUUUUUCCAAAAGGUGAGGCCUGGUCUUGGAUGACUACAUUUUCAUUUGAAACAUUUAUUUUCGGUAAUUAAAACACUGAACUCUACAAGUAAAUGCUACCCUUGGAAAGAAUUUUUUUAGCUUUUUCAACCAAAGAAGAUGUAUUGCAAUAAAAUAACUGUCUUAAACAGUCCUCUACUGCUUGGUUCUUAGUUAUUUGCUGUUUAUUCUAAAUAUACGUGUAUAUUGAUAAAUCAUAGAAAUAACUUCCAUUAGUGAUCUUACCUUUAGCCAUUCCAUAGUUAGGUCAGAAUAUCCAUUUCCAAGUUAUACUUGACCACUAUGUUAAAAGCGUAAAUGAUACGCUUUUAAAAUUAUAUUCACAUAUGUCCAGAUCUCCAGGAAUCACAAUCUGUUGCUCUGUAAGUUUUUUUUUUAAAUUCUUAUUUACAUUUUUUUCUUGGUUGUCUAAGAGAUGUCUAGGUGGUAGCAGAAACUAUUCACUGAUACUUUAUCUACAAAAUGGCUCAAUGUUUUAAAAUUGUAUUUCCUUUAAUAUUACCUUUAUCUCUUAAUAAUCAGUAUGGAGUCUACUCUGUUAUAAAUUCCCAUGUGACAUCCCAUUUCGCAAUGAGUAUAACUCUUAAAGGUACUGAAAAGCAUAGUAUUACAAUAAGUUGUCAAAGACAUCUCAUUAAUAUAAAGUCCAUGAAAUUUAAAAAUUUUAAGUUUAUCUCUCAUUUUCAAACUAGCUACCAUCUUUCAAAAUUCAGCAAAGUGGUAACUGGAAUAUUAAUAGCUAUAAUUAUUUCUUAGUUCCAUGCUUUUCAGAAAUAAUUCUUAAAUGUUUACUUACUUCAUAAUAUAGCACAAUAGAAUCAGUUAGAAAUUAUGUAAGUUUGAUAUUAACAAAUAUCAUUAAUUUAACUUACAUUUUUAUUGAUCUUGCUUGAAAAAAUUAAUUCAAAAUAUUUAUUUAUUCACAAAAACAACAAUUGAUAAUUUAUCCUAUUCUAAAUAUGAAUAAUAAAAUCUGAGUAAGUUGCAGUCCUGGCUUCCAUUUAAUGAGUACACAGGAAACAAAAGCUGAAAUGAAAACUUUUCCCCCAAAUAUUUAAAUCACAUGUUUGAUUUUAUUUUGAAAUGGUCUGGCUGUAAGCAAAAAAUUGUACAUUCUUUUAUUUCUCUAAAUUUGACCUCUUUCCAUGAAUUUUCUUUGCCCCACUUCCAAAUGCUGAGAGAAUUCAUGCUUCUCACUGAAUUCACAGAGAUCUUUAGAAUGUUUUAUUACUUAGUGUUAAAUAUGUUUAAUAAAUACUGGCUUAUGUUCCUAGGUUACUUUUCUCCCUUCACUGAUUGGUUAAAUCAUCAAUUCUUUCAAGUAACAACUUUUAAAGAAGCUGGAAUCUAGAAAUUCAUCAGGAGUGGAGAUAAUAAAAAACAUAAUUAUUUUAUAUUGUUAACAUUUUAGUAUAUACAGGUAAAUUCAAAUACAUAAAGAGUGUGGAGAAAAUUAAACCUAAUAUAUUCUUAAUUGAUGUGAUGUGAAUGUAGCAAAUAUACAAAUCACAUUCCCACAAUAGGAAACAAAUUUCCCGUUUGAAUUUCUCUGUAAAGGACUGACUUCUGAAAUCUUUAUGUAAGUAACAGUCAAGACAGUUGAUGAGGCCGUAGUUCUUGAAAAAGGGGUAUGGGAGGGAAUUAUAGACAUUCUACAAAUUAAAAAAACCAUAAAUGUACAUAUUUUAAAAAAUUAACAGUUGCUGUAAUAAUAUAAAAUAGAUACAUGUAUGUUUUAAUAUACACAGCACACACACACUUUUAAAUACUUAAAUGUCUCAAUGUUUUGAUGAUCAUAAAUCUGAAAGGAUCUGAUUUUUCUGUAAAAUGUAGUGUGGGAGGUAAAGAGGUUAAUGGUAAGUUGUCUUGAAUCAGAUUGAAAUCCCAUCAUACCAACAGUUAAUAUCGUUUUACUUAACCUCUAUGUGUUUAUAAAAAGUGAAUAAUAUUAAAACUUAUUUCAGAGGAUUGUGAGAGUUUAACGGGAUAAUUCCAUUAAGACAAGUAGAAAAGUGGCUGUCACGUGGGAAACAUUUCCAAUAGAUGUCCACUGUUAAAACAGGAAUCACAGUAUUUUACUGUAUGUCAUGAAUUAACACAAUUGAUAGUGAAUUAGUAUAAAAGUUCUAAGGAAAUAUUUAGGUAAAAUAUAAGGACUUUGAGGAGUGACCGAAGGAUAUUACAACUGAAACUACAAAUUUUGGGAACGUUCAAACGACAUACAAGGAAAAGAAGAUAUAUUUACAUAUUUAAUACUUACACAUUUAGCCACAUGAUGUCGCUGUCCACCACAAAGUCUUUCUCCAUAAAAGACAGCGUGCAUUACGUAUUCAGAUACUGCUUUGCUUCAUCCUCUCUAAAAUUUAACCCCGAGGAGUUUAAGAAAUGAAGAUAGGGAACUCGAAUUAUUUUUAAAGUUUGGAUCAAUGUAAAGGCAAUCUAAUAUUUGGAAAAUGCUUGCAAUAUUCUCCUGGCGAGAAAAUCCUGGAGCCCAGUGCCUGCUGCUUUCUCUUCUGCUCCUCGCAGCCUGGGAGGUGGGGAGUGGCCAGCUCCACUACUCUGUCCCCGAGGAGGCCAAACACGGCACCUUCGUGGGCCGCAUCGUGCAGGACCUGGGGCUGGAGCUGGCGGAGCUGGUGCCGCGCCUGUUCCGGGUGGCGUCCAAAACACACGGGGACCUUCUGGAGGUAAAUCUGCAGAAUGGCAUUUUGUUUGUGAAUUCUCGGAUCGACCGCGAGGAGCUGUGCGGGUGGAGCUCGGAGUGCAGCAUCCACCUGGAAGUGAUAGUGGACAGGCCGCUGCAGGUUUUCUAUGUGGACGUGGAAGUGAAGGACAUUAAUGACAACGCGCCAGUUUUUCCAAUGGCUGUAAAGAAUCUGUUUAUUUCCGAAUCCCGACAGCCUGGCUCUCGGUUUUCGCUAGAGGGCGCAUCAGAUGCAGAUAUCGGAACAAAUUCGUUGUUGACUUACAGUCUUGAUUCCACUGAAUAUUUUACCUUGAACGUUAAAAGAAAUGAUGAGGAAAUUAAAUCCCUUGGACUUGUGUUGAAAAAAAAUUUAAAUCGAGAGGACACUCCUAAGCAUUAUUUACUAAUAACAGCAAUUGAUGGUGGGAAACCAGAGCUCACUGGCACGACUCAACUAAAGAUCACUGUUUUAGAUGUAAACGACAACGCCCCAGCGUUUGAGAGGACGAUCUAUAAAGUCAGAUUAUUCGAAAAUGCACCAAAUGGUACCCUAGUGGUGACCGUUAACGCCACAGAUUUGGAUGAAGGAGUCAAUAAGGAUAUCGUAUAUUCUUUCAAUACGGACAUGUCAACAGAUAUUCUGUCAAAAUUCCAUUUAGAUCCAGUCAAUGGACAAAUCAGUGUAAAGGGUAACAUAGAUUUCGAGGAAAGUAAGUCAUAUGAAAUCCAGGUAGAAGCCACGGAUAAAGGAAAUCCUCCAAUGUCAGAUCACUGCACGGUUCUACUCGAAAUUGUGGACAUCAAUGAUAAUUUACCUGAGUUAGUUAUUAAAUCACUAUCUUUACCUAUAUUAGAAGACUCGCCACUUAGCACAGUCAUAGCCCUGAUCAGUGUGUCUGACCGUGACUCAGGUGUCAAUGGACAGGUCACCUGCUCCCUGACACCCCACGUCCCCUUCAAGCUGGUGUCCAACUACAAGAAUUACUACUCGUUGGUGCUGGACAGCGCCCUGGACCGCGAGAGCGUGUCGGCCUAUGAGCUGGUGGUGACCGCUCGGGACGGGGGCUCGCCUUCACUGUGGGCCACGGCCAGUGUUUCUGUGGAGGUGGCCGACGUGAACGACAAUGCGCCGGCAUUCGCGCAGUCCGAGUACACGGUGUUCGUGAGGGAGAACAACCCGCCGGGCUGCCACAUCUUCACUGUGUCUGCGCGGGACGCGGACGCGCAGGAGAACGCGCUGGUGUCCUACUCGCUGGUGGAGGGGCGGGUGGGCGAGCGCGCGCUGUCGAGCUACGUGUCGGUGCACGCGGAGAGCGGCAAGGUGUACGCGCUGCAACCGCUGGACCGCGAGGAACUGGAGCUGCUGCAGUUCCAGGUGAGCGCGCGCGACGCGGGCGUGCCAUCUCUGGGCAGCAACGUGACGCUGCAGGUGUUCGUGCUGGACGAGAACGACAACGCGCCAGCACUGCUGACGCCUCGGGUGGGUGGCAUCGGUGGUGCAGUGAGUGAGCUAGUGCCGCGGUCAGUGGGUGCGGGCCACGUGGUAGCGAAGGUGCGUGCAGUGGAUGCUGACUCAGGCUACAACGCGUGGCUUUCGUACGAGCUGCAGCCGGGGACUGGUGGCGCGCGCAUCCCGUUCCGCGUGGGGCUGUACACGGGCGAGAUCAGCACGACGCGUGCCCUGGACGAGGUGGAUGCCGCGCGCCACCGCCUACUGGUGCUGGUGAAGGACCACGGUGAACCCUCAUUGACCGCCACAGCUACUGUGCUGGUGUCGCUGGUGGAGAGUGGCCAGGCACCCAAGGCCUCGUCCCGGGCGUCUGCUGGCGCCACCGGCCCUGAGGCUGCACUGGUGGAUGUCAACGUGUACUUGAUCAUCGCCAUCUGCGCAGUGUCUAGUCUGUUGGUGCUCACACUGCUGCUAUAUACUGCUCUGAGGUGCUCUGCGCCGCCAACCGAAGGCGCGUGUGGGCCGGGCAAGCCCACGCUGGUGUGCUCCAGCGCGGUGGGGAGCUGGUCAUACUCGCAUCAGAGGCAGCAGAGGGUGUGCUCUGGAGAGGAGUUGCCCAAGACCGACCUCAUGGCUUUUAGCCCUAGCCUUCCUCCUUGUCCAAUUAGCCGGGAUAGAGAGGAGAAACAGGAUGUGGACGUUGAUCACUCAGUCAAAGUGAGUAAUUUUUAUUUAUUCUUUCCAAAAUCUUUUUCAUUCUUCAAUGUUUCCACUAUUUUGGAAAUACGUUAAUAGUUAAGUAUGAAUUAUAUGAUUCAUAAUUAGACUUUUCCAGUUUUUUGGUUUUGUGGUUAAAAUGCUAAGAUUUUUGUUGCUAAUUUUUGAACCAAAUCAGCAGUAAGUCAUGAGAUCCACACUUGUAAUUUUGUUUGUUAGCAGGUGCAGUAGUAGGAUUAUUUUAUUGCUAAAUGCCUGGGUAUAAGACAAAUAUUUUUUCUUAGAUGAGUUUCAUUAUUUAGAGAAUUUGAUUUCGACUCAUUUUAUACUUAUCCCUCCCUACACAAUGCUUCUUCAAUAUCUUUUGCCACUUUUCAUUUGGACUUCCUACUACCUGUUAGUACGAAUGUUACUUGCUCAUUUUAUGAGUUCACCUAAAUGCUUAUAAUUCCCUAUUGAUUAUGCUUUUCCACCUUCAGUUUCAAAAAUUAGACCAUUACACCUGUUGUCUUUUAUGGAACCUCUUUUAUUCUCUUAUUCAUUUGUUUGGAGUGUCAAUCCUUCUUUUUCACUUGAAUGUGAUUCAUUUUAGGCCUUGUGCUCUUAUUUGGCAAUACUGUUUAUUGUUUGUUGAUUUC